GUUCUCAAUGGACUGAGGGUUUGUGAACGACGCCGAAAAGACUAGCCACCACCGGAACACUUUCGUGCCUUUCGGCUGUGUGUGGAUUAACUUUUGAUGUUUUACUCGCGCUGGCUUCGACCCUCGCUGUGGAUUUGCAGAGCUGGGCAAAGGCAACCAGAAGUGCAGCGCCCUGGAAAAGCGACAAACUCCGCACGGAGUUUUCCAAGAGUUGGAAAAAUAUCGGCAUUGUUUUCCCAUAUUCCAGACGGAACCGCGAGGCGAGAGGUGGAGAACUCGGUCCAUAUACAAAUGUAGUCAAUUUUGGAGAGUUCGAGUCUUCGGGGAGAUCUGGUACAGUCGCGCUUUUGUUUCGUCUCGAGGGAUCUUCAUUUGUAGGGAAAGUAGGAUACUUGUAGCCGCAGCCAAUGCCUGCUCAUAUUUCCUGAAGUUAGCUAUGUGUGUGUUAUCUGUAGUUGGCUGCAGCUGUCUUGCAGAGUACUCGAAGUAAAGUAGGCCUGGGUCUCGCUCUCCUGUUUUUUUUUUUGUCGCGAUUGGAUUAUUUUGACACCAACACGAGUCUCGGAGCGCAUUCCUGAACUAUGGAUAGUGUUGUUUUUCGCGUCCGCGGACCAGCAGGGAUUGCGGAGAGAGGCUGAGUUUUCGACUGAACCCUUUUGGAUAACAAAGGAUGUCCGGACUUCGAGUUGGACUGAUCGACGCCGAGGGCUCGGUUCUUAAUCCGCGCGACAAAUGGACGAGCAAAUGGGGCGCGCUGGGGAGAGGAGAUGUCCACAUUGACCUGUCCAAGUAGAGCCUUUUGCAUUUUGAGGCGUUUUAAAUUUUAGUGUUGCUAGUGUGGUCGGCUUUCGAAGCCAUUGAGGAGAAAAAAACUUGGAGGGGCUUGUUUAUUUAUAUGCUAAUCUGCACUCCUCCCGCUCGUCACCGCUGUCUGCUUCGGAGCUUUUCCGCAAUGUGGCUCGGCUGGGCGGGUGUCCUGCAACUGCUCGCCGUCUGGGCGCUGUGUGCUGAGGGCCAGUCGGUAGCAUCUGCUUGUAAAUCCUCUGAAGAGCGCGCCAGGAACGCAGGGAAGAGCGCCGUACCGGCGACCUCCGCCGACCGGAGAGUAGUGUGCAGCAGCAUGGAACUCCGUCAGGUGCCCCAGCCAGACAGCUUCCCCAACCGCACCGUCACCCUGAUUCUGACCAACAACAAGAUCCAGGAGCUAAAGAAUGGCUCCUUCCUGGGCCUGGGCCUGCUGGAGAGGCUGGAUCUUCGGAGUAACCUCAUCAGCAGACUGGAACCUGGAGCCUUUCAGGGCUUGUCCUUGCUCAAACGCCUGGACCUGUCCAAGAAUCUGAUUGGCUGCUUAAAUGGAGACAUUUUCAGUGGCCUUGGUACCCUGGUCAGGCUGAACCUGACAGGAAACGUGUUCUCCUCCCUCCCCCCCGGGACUUUUGACAGCCUCACGUCUCUGAAGACGCUUGAGUUCCAGACGCCAAACCUGCUGUGUGACUGUAACCUGGCGUGGCUGGUCCGCUGGCUGAAGGAUCGAGGUGUCACAGUGAAGGACACCAGUUGCUCAUACCCACGGUCACUGCAGGGUCAACUCAUCACCACACUCAAACCAGACACACUCACCUGUGACGUGCCACUGGAGCUGCCGUGGUUCCAGAUGGUUCCGUCUCAGCAGCAGGUGGUGUUCCAGGGGGACUCCCUGCCUCUCCAGUGCCACGCUGCCUUCAUGCCGUUGAAUCUGACCAACGCUGUGUCCACAGCGCGCCAGCUGCAGGUCUACACAGAGGAGGCGGCCAACUUCUCCGACAAGAUGGAUGUCAUCUUUGUGGCCGAGAUGAUCGAGAAGUUUGGGAAAUCUUUGGGGGACGUGAUGGUGGACAUCUCCAGUAAUCUGAUGAUGGUGGACGAGCGCGUGCUGUGGUUGGCCCAGAGGGACGCGAGGGCGUGUUCCCGCAUCGUGGAGAGUCUGCAGAAGAUCGCCUCUCUCCGAUUGGCCAGCGGAGCCCAGCCUGUGAUGUCCCAUAACAUAGCGUUGGAGGCCCAUGUGAUCAAGGCCAGCGGCUUCAAUGGGAUGACAUGCACACUGUUCCAGAAGGCCACGCCAGACCGGGCACAGCUCAGCUUCAAAUGCAACGUGACCAGCACACAGUCCACCCUCGCUCAUAAGAACACCAUUGUGGAGGCGUCUCUGCAGCUGCCUGCCUCGCUCCUGUACUCGCUGGGUGCCAGCCAAUCAGAUGAGCCUGUCUACAAGCUCCACCUCCUGGCCUUCCGGAACGGGAAGUUGUUCCCGCCCACUGGGAACUCCAGUCACCAUGGUGACGCCGGACCGAGACGCAGCGUUGCCACACCAGUGCUGCUCACCAGGAUCGAUGGUGCUCCAGUGCGCCCCCUGGUGUCUGCGGUGAACGUGACGCUGCGACGGUUUGUCCAGGGGUCGGAUGCGGUGGCCGGUCUGUGGAACUUCAGCCUUCAGGGCGGACGGGCGGGCACGGAGGGUGCCGCCGAGAUCACCAUGACGACAACUACACCCACACCCCUCCGCGGGACGCCCUCGCAACUACGCCUGCUGAUGGACCUGAGGCGGUCAGAGGAUCUGCCGUACACCUUCACUCCUCUCCAUCCAGUGGUCUACGCCACGGCCAUCGUGCUGAUGCUGUGUCUACUGGUCAUCAUCGGGAGCUACCUCUACCACCACAGGCAUGUGUGUGUGAGCCGUAAGUUUUGGCACAUGCUGGUGAACCUGUGUCUCCACAUCUUCCUCACCGUCGCCACCUUCAUCGGGGGCAUCAACCUGACCCGCUAUGCCAGCGUCUGCCAGGCGGUGGGGAUUGUUCUUCACUACUCCACAUUGGCCACUGCGCUGUGGUCAGGUGUGACGGCUAGGAACAUCUAUAAGCAGGUGACCCGCAAGGCCAAACGCUACGAGGAGAUGGACGAGCCACCGCCUCCUCCCAGACCCAUGCUCAGGUUCUACCUGAUUGGAGGAGGGAUCCCCAUCAUCGUAUGCGGCAUCACAGCGGCAGCCAACAUCAAAAACUACGGCAGCCAGAUCACUGCCCCAUAUUGCUGGAUGGCGUGGGAGCCCAGUCUGGGCGCGUUCUUCGGUCCGCUGGCGUUCAUCGUGUUCGUGGACUGCGUCUACUUCCUGCUGAUCACGCUGCAGCUGCACCGUCACCCCGAGCGACGCUACGAGCUGAAGGAGCCGCCCGGCGACGAGGCACAGCACCUGGCUGCCGUGGAGACGACCCCCGACCCCCCCGCCCCCGCCCUGGAGAACGAGCAGAGCUUCCGCGCGCAGCUGGUCGGCGUGGCGACCACGCUGCCACUCUUCCUGCUCCUGUGGACGUUCGGCGCGCUGGCCGUGUCUCAGGACCCCUCCUGGCCCACACUGGGGCUGUCCGGCUCCUGCCUGUUCGGACUGACCGCUCUGGCGCUGGCGGCCUUCCUGCUGUGGCACCACGGUGUGGGCCGGCGAGACCUGCGUCUGCUCUGGGCGCGCUCCUGCUCCUGUUGCCCCCGGCGACCGCCCCGCCACCCCCCCGCGCUCCUCGCCCCGCUCACGCUGCCGCCGUUGCCGGGGUCGACCGUCGCCAUGGUAGCGCCGCCGUCGUCGCGAGGGAGCGGCGAGGGGAAGUGUGGCCCCGCCCACAGCAGCACGGACUCCUGCUGCACCAAUAAGAACGCUCCGAGCCUGCGUCCGUCAGCCAAGCUGACCAAUCUGCAGGUGGAGGCGGCCCAGUGCAGGACUCCGCCCACCCUGCUGGACAACAGCCUGACGGAACACUCUCUGGACAACGACAUCAAGAUGCACGUGGCCCCGCUGGACCACAUGCUGCUGCGCCCCCCCCCCACCGUCGCCCCGAGCAACGUGUGCGGCCAGCCGCCUGGGGGGGCGGGGCCCGGGGUGGUGGGGGGCGUGUCUAACGGGCACGCGGUGAUGGGGGGCGUGUCUAACGGGCGGCACCAUAAGAACCGUGCGCGUGCGCGCGAGCGAGCCGGCCGACUGACCGUGCUGCGGGAGUACGCGCACGACGUGCCGACCAGCGUGGAGGGCAGCGUGCAGAGCGAGAGCGCCCCUCAGAGGCGCGGAGGAGGCGGACACCACGCGCACACGCGGGCCAGCCGCCGCGCCGCCUACAUGGCCUACCGCCAGCGCCACAUGGCGCCCGACAGCAGCGACGGCAGUGCCAGCCUCACCCGCCGGCCGCGCCACGAGCGCCACAAGGCCACCUCCCACAGCCUGCCCCUGCCCACGGCCAGCGCCCACGCACACGCCAGCAGCCUCACGCUCACACACGCCACCAGCCUGACCACCGGCCUUGGCAACGGCCUGCCCACCAGUCUCACCGCCAGCCUGCCCACCAGCCUGGGCAACGCCGUGGGUCCGGUUCUAGGUUCUAGUGCGGACCCAGGGCUGGGCUCUGUGGUGCUGGACGAGCUGGGCUCUGGGCUGAGUAACGGGGCUGUGGGGAACUCAGCUGCAGUAGCCAGUGAGGCACUGCCCCACCCCUGGACUCAGAGCCCCGCCCCAACGUGAUGCCCCUCCCCUUGGACACGGAGCUACGCCCCAAUGUGAUGCCCCUCCCCUUGGGUAUGGAGACCCGCCCCAACACGAUGCCCCUCCCCUUGGGUAUAGAGCCCCGCCCCAAUAUGAUGCCCCUCCCCUUGGGUAUGGAGACCCGCCCCAAAGCACAGAGCUACGGUCUGAACUUGGCUAGCGCCGCCGGACUGCAGAAGGACAGCAGCCCCCAGAACCCCCUCUCGCUCGGCCCCCAGAACCCCCUCAUACUCGGCCCCGACCGACCCGCCUCUGGAAACAUCAGAACUGGACUCUGGAAACACGAGACCACGGUGUGAACACAUGCGUGAAUCAAGACUCAAACAGACUCGUGUAACGACUCAAACAGACUCAUGUAACGAUGGCCGCGUAUAUAACGACUUAAACAGACUCAUGUCACGAUGGCCAUGUGAAUAACGACUCAAACAGACUCAUGUAACGAUGGCCAUGUGAAUAACGACUCAAACAGACUCAUGUAACGAUGGCGCUGGUGUGUUUUGAUAUGUGAUUUUUAGAUUAUAACUUUUGUCAAGAAAUAGGCGCAUAAACACUUAUGUAUGUGAUGCUGGUCCCAGAAACUGACCCAUUACAUCACCACCGCCUGACCCAUGACGGCUCUGGGAUUGGGGUCUGGACCAUGGGAUGGUCCAUCAUGUGUGCGGGGGGGUCCACUGUGAGGGGGGGUCCACUGUGGGGGUCCACUACUUUGUGUGUGUAUGUUCAUCCUCAUAGUCAGCUGCAGUUUUAUAUGUGAAGAUGCAUGACCCGCUUCUACACAAUAAACCAGAGUGUUUCAA